AUGUGCUGUGUCAUACAAUUCAGCUGUUAUAUUGGUACUCCUGAAUUUAAUGUGCAAUACAUGUUGAUAAGUGGUAUGGUAUCUUCGUUAGACAGUAUGGAGGAAGACAAUGGGGCUGGUCAUGCCUUGAGCGAUUUUCUGCUGCAGUUGGAAAACUACAAUCCCUCUAUACCUGAUUCUGUUGUCGCUUAUUAUCUGAACACGUCUGGUUUUGAGUCACAAGAUCCAAGGUUAAUACGACUCAUUGCAUUAGCUUCACAAAAAUUCCUCUCCGACAUCGCAAAUGACGCACUUCAGCACUGCAAGAUGCGGACCUCCAGUCAAAUAGCCCAGAGUUCUAAGAACCAGAAGGGGCCCAAGGAAAAGAAGUAUGUUAUGACUAUGGAAGACCUGGUACCUGCGCUACAGGAAUAUGGCAUAACAGCAAAGAAGCCUCAUUACUUUGUU